AUGCCGCCAUUAUGCCAACCUGAAGACUUGGACUCGACAAAAAACUCACUUGCCUUACCGACUUCGGUACCAUUCUCUCUUCCUGAGACGUCCUUGUUUGAACACAAUGCGUAUCGACUUCGACGAUCCUAUUUUAUCUCCAAGUACCUCGAAAUUGGACAAGAAACCAAUCCCAAAGAGUUGUUGUCCGAAGGUAACCAACUAUUAUGGCUUAGGCGAGCUCACAGUCCCAAUGUCAUCUAUGAUACAGAAUCAACACUGGUUUACAAUUCAGUGCCAUUUGGUGAUCUCAGAUUUUGCCAAACGAGGUUCAAAGCGGAAACACGAGUCUUGAGCACUGAUGCUUCACUUAUCUUGCUCAAGACUUCAAGUCGUCGCUGGGAGGUUUACGAUUGGCCUGCAGACAAAGUUAUUAAGCAGGAUCGUUUCAACUCGCCGCAAACGUGGACGCAACAAAUUCUUCCUAUCUCAAAAGGCUGUGCGCUUCAUCUACUGGGCCACUACCCCAAGGGCUAUAGUCUGAAUCGAAUAUGCCGGACGGUUUUGCCAGGAGGAGAAACGGGCCUGGAGUGGAACUACAGAAUAUUGCUCUCGAGCAAAGACUCUACACUUCGUCAUGUCACCUUAUCUCAAGAUGGGAAAAAUGUGACUGGGCUAUUGGGCGAUCCGCAACAACAACUAACUGUUUGCAUCUGGGAUUUGUCCUUGGAAUGGUUCGCUGACGAACAUGUAGUGGCCUUGCCAAAGAUCAAGCCUCCAGUCACUAUCGGCCUACAGCAAGAAAACGUGACUGGUCGAGAAAGAACCUUGGGACUGGUUUCAACCGGACAAACUGUUGUUGUUAUAAAGGGAGAGAUCGGCACGCUGCCAAGCUAUCACGCUGAUUUUCAGAAUACUGCUUUCAAUCUUGAAUCGGGUGUUGAAAUCUCAUCCUAUUCCCUCUCAGCUUCUUAUUUUCAUGGAGAUGAUAGCAAAGACAGCUUCUUCACUGAUACCAAGAUCUCUACAGAUGGGAAACUGCUGUGUACACGAAUCGCCAGGACACCUGAUUUUGGUGAAGGGAGUGCACCAGAUAUCAGACGAGAGACAUGGACCGAUAUAGAGACCAUGGUUCUGAAAGUGGAGGGGUUGGAGAUAGUUCAUCGAUUCAAGGAGGUCUGGAACGCCGACUUUACUAAGCCUGUGGCACUGAGCAUUUUUUUCACCCAACUUUGA